GGAAAUUUCUCUCUUGGCUUCUUUUACUGUAUAUUUUGCUUGCGAGGCGUUCGUGGUAUACACGUUCUCAUUGAAAACAUUCCAAUUCCUUCUGCGCUCAAACUGAGAGCACUCAAUGCGACGAGACCGUCCGCCUUCCGUCUCAAUCUUGAAUCAGCGCCGAAUCCACCCACACCAUGCUCAUGCAACCGUGGAGAGGGUCACAGACACCGUGCCUGAUUUGUCUCUUUCGACAGUCUGUCGUUCCGCGACAGUUCACCCGCUCCCUUAGUACCAGCAGGCCCUUGGAAAGGGGAAAACCCAAGUCUAGCAAGUCUAAACUUGCUUGGAAACAGACGAGUCUUCGGCUUCCCCAAGAGCAGAAGAAGAGAAAUGCCAGAAAUAAUGCUGUUCGAAGAGAUCAGUUCACGGUCGUGUUAGAGAGGAUAUUACAGGAUUUAGAACGAAAAGUGAAGUCUAACGAGGGCAAAAGUACUUGGAGGGAGUUUCAAGACGUGGUGACGGCCGCCUGCACGCAGUCAGGGAACCAAUCGCCCAAUCUUGCUUUGAGUCAAAGAUUACACGAGGCCUUUAUAAGGGCUGGAGAAGCCAAGCUGGCCUCGGUUUUGGAAGAAGAGUAUCGGAAUUAUAAAUAUGAUAUCAAGUUCUCUUCACGCAUUAAAGAACAGAAGGCUCUGGCCGACUACAGGUUCCCGGCGGAAUGGUACCCAGCGGCCCGGGCUCUCCAGCGCACGAUACAUCUUCAUGUUGGGCCUACAAACUCGGGAAAGACAUAUCACGCCUUGAAAAGACUAGAAGAAGCAAAAAGCGGGUUUUAUGCUGGACCAUUGCGACUUCUCGCCCAUGAAGUCUAUUCUCGGUUUAAUGCAAAGGGCAUCUCUUGCGGUCUUAUAACGGGCGACGAAGUAAAAGUUCCCGAAGGCACUCCUCCAACCCUCUAUAGUAACACAGUUGAAAUGGCCCCGUUGGGACUAGAGGUCGAUGUCGCUGUUAUUGACGAAAUUCAAAUGAUUGGUGAUCGUCAACGAGGUUGGGCGUGGACGAGAGCGCUGUUAGGCGCUCCGGCGAAGGAAGUCCAUCUCUGUGGGGAAGAACGAGUAGUGCCUUUGAUCCGAGAACUUGCUGCUUUGACGGGAGAUAAGCUGGAAAUCCAUAAUUAUAAGCGCUUGAACCCAUUGAUCCCGAUGACGAAGAGCCUAAAAGGGAAUCUUCAAAAACUUCAGAAAGGAGACUGUGUUGUGGCAUUUUCUCGCUUGGGUAUCCAUGCUCUCAAGCAAGAAAUUGAAAAGGCAACUGGGCGAAGAGCCGCCAUAGUCUAUGGGGGUUUACCUGCGGAAAUUCGGUCGCAGCAGGCGGACUUGUUCAAUAACCCUGAUAAUGACUAUGAUUUCCUGGUCGCUAGUGAUGCGAUCGGUAUGGGCCUUAAUCUAAGCUGUAAGCGAAUCAUUUUUGAAUCGGUCAUCAAGAGAAGUCCAGUUGGUCUGGAACGAUUAUCAGUAUCUCAGGUCAAACAGAUUGGUGGCAGGGCCGGUCGUUAUCGAAGUGUAGCCGAUGCCAUGGACAAAAGCAAACCGUCAAAGCGCUCUGAGGAAGAUCAAAAUGUCGGAUUUGUGACAUGCCUUGAGGAUGUCGAUCUUCCGCAUAUCCAGAAGUGCCUGCGCGCGGAGGCAGAGCCAAUCAACGCAGCGGGUAUUCUUCCUCAAGAUUCUAUGAUAACUGCCUUUACGGAUCAUUUCCCUUCAGAUACGCCGUUUAGAUACCUCUUGCAGCGAUUGUGGAAUGUUUCUCAGACGCAUCCACGCUUCUUUAUGUGUGAUUUACACAGUUCUGACGUACAAGAAAUCCUGGAUGACGUUCCCGGACUCAGUGUUACGGAUAAACUCGUCUUUCUAUCCGCUCCCACUUCGACGGCAGAUCCGACAAGUGCCUUAACCCUCAAGGCAUUCGCAACCUGUGUUGCUCAACACAAGAGCGGAGCGCUCCUCGACAUUCCGGAACUGCACCUUGAGAUCCUGGAUGUCCCUGUAUCUGGCAAUAAGAAUUACUUACGAUCCUUGGAAUCACUUCACCGUUCGCUUGUCCUCUACCUUUGGUUAAGCUUCAGAAUAGGUGGCAUAUUCACUGAUAGGACUCUUGCUACCCAUGUCAAGGAGCUUGUGGAAAUGAAGAUGGACAGGGCUUUGACCGAAUUCUCCGCCAAUUCCAAGUUAACCAAGUCCGCUAUACUUAGGAAACAGGCCGCAUUAUUAAAGAAGGGCCUGCUCGAAGAAGCGGAAGAGAUACAGGAAGUUGAUUUUGAUCCUUCCCGCGAUGUUGAAAUUCAACCCCAAAAAGUAGGAGUGGCUGCUUGAACGCCAUCUCCGGGCUGUUCUGUAAGCUAUGGUGGCUUACGCGGUUUGAACCUUUGGCCCAAAUGGAUCAGACCUCUGGAUUCUAGUAACGCAAAUUAAUUGAAACCGGCCGGUCACAUUCCCCCGGCUAGUAUCGCUAGACGACGCCAGUGAAGGACGCAGCAAGCUUUAUUAUUUCUGGUGGGUUAGAAAUUUUAUAUACCUGAUCUUGAGCGUCCCCUUAAUGGGAAACUGGCUGGUCCGAUCGGACCGGCUUCUCGCGCAUGUGGACCCUCUAGGCUCGCUUAGAGCUCAAAAAUAUCGAAGUUGAUCACGAAACAUACAUGGGCACCACCCAGCAAUACCAUGACCCGAAAGCGAUCCCCAGAGAGGGUAGUGGGCUGGUAUAUACACUUUCUUCGUCGCAGAUAAUCGCGUCCUGUGCGGAGGAAGCAUAUAGAUUUUCAUUUAUAUAU